AUGAACAACACAACUCAAAUACUUAAAACGAACAGCAACACAAAUUGGCUGGAUAUUCUUCAGUACACAUUGUUCACCUUGAUAUUUGUGGUCAGCGCUUUUGGAAACACGCUAGUGUGCUUGGUGAUAGCAACCACAAGACGCAUGCGUACUACGCGUAACUAUCUACUUGUUAACCUUGCUGUAUCAGACCUAACGGUGGCGUUGUUGUGUAUUCCGUUUGAUAUGGUAGUGAAGAUAACUGAGCCUGAAUGGCAGCUAGGGGAUGCGAUGUGUAAACUUCUUUGGCCAUCUAUGACACUUGUAACUAAUUCUUCUGCGGCUACACUUGCCAUUAUAAGUUACGAUAGGUGAGUUUACUAAAGUGAUUACAAGCUUAGAGAAUAUUGCCUCUAUAAGUACCACGCAGUUAUCAGCGAACACGAGCAACAAAGUUACACGAUCAGGGCAUAACGCGGUUUCUAUAGCAUUAAAGGAGCUGUGUAACGAAAGUCAGCCAAAUUAGGUUAUUGCAAAAUGCCAGUUAAAUUAAAAGAAACAUAAAAAUAACCGCUUAAAACAUUCAAGGAAGGUUAAAAUAACACAACAGAUACAACAGCUGCCACGGAUGGGCAAAACUGAAGAAGAUUGAAACGGAUUGAAAUUAGGGUUUUUGAAGACUGUUCCGCCUAACAGUUUUUCAAAGUUUAUCUCUGCUGUUUGAAGCUUCAAAAAUAAUGCUCAGGGGACAUAUUUGUUUGUCUCUAAUCUCUGAUUUUGUCAUUUACAUGUAAUUUCUUUGCUUACUUUAAGUUCCAUAGCGAUUGAGGGCGAAUAAUUGGCAAAAUAAAACAAAAUGAACUGGACUGCCGUGACACAGCCUCUUUAAGUAUCCUUGAGUAUUGCAGCUCUCUCCUGGAUGGGGCUGUUCCCUAACGGUAUGUCACUAGUAUUCAUUUUAAAAUCUGGUAGCCCGCGAACAAGCUCUUUUUUCCGAGUGGCAUCAGAAGCGCGCCUCGCGAGGGCGCUCGAUCAGGGGAAACGGCGAUGGACGGGAAACAGUCCACCCUUGGUUUUUUCGCUUGUCGCUCACGCAUGACUUCUUGCGAAACUACCACGCUUCCAUAAACUGUUUCCCUCAAGAUGGCAGUUACAGAAUUAAGCCACAUUUCAUGACACAACCAUCACAAAAUCUAUCACUGCGCAUAAGCACAUAUCGACAUUCCAGUCUUGGCAGUAUGCAGGAUGUUUGUCACCUAAACCUAGUUUAGCGGCCUUAGCUCCCACAGGUGUCCUGUAGCUUAGUGGUAGAGCAUCUGGACAAGCAACCAGGACUGGACAUAGGUAACACUCCUAAUGGGAUUACUCUGAUUUUUUCUUCCGAUCAGUUUGUGUCACUGACUGAAAAAUAAAACACCUUUUUAUCCUUUACAGAGAGUUGGCUGUUUUAAAACUGUAAAAGGACUUAGAGCGCUGAGGAAUAAUAAUGUUAGAUAUUUUUUAAUGAAGCUCAUUCACCCAGUUCAUUGUCAUUUUUCUUUUUCCUUUUAGGUAUCGGGCAGUGGUUCGUCCAAUGAAAUCGCGUUUCACUACUCGUCAGAUUGGAAUCGCUAUAGCAACCAUCUGGCUUGUUUCUCUGGCGCUUGUUCUACCUUACGUCUUAGCUUUGAGGGUAAAUAAAAAGCAUUGCGAGGAAUUCUGGCCAAGUAUAACCAUCAGAAAAAUUUACACUGUAGGCUUGUUCUUAUUCCAGUAUGCCUUGCCUCUUACAAUUAUCGCGUUAGCUUACAUCAAAGUUGUGCUUAGGCUCCGACAGCAAGCUGCGCGAAUGUCGAAAAACUAUGAACUCACAACGAGACCACCUUCGACACCACUGACACAGAAAAACUGCAGUUUAAGGACUCGUCUCACCGUAGAAAUUUGUGAUAAGGCAUCGUUGGCGUCCCCUCUUCCAACCAAAAAGGAAUUUACAUAUCAGGUCGACAAAAGCAAACAUAAAAAGCGCUCUAGGAAAAGUGAUAAUCUUACAAGCCAAACGAUAGUUGAUAAACAGUCUUCUGCUUCCUCCCUUCCACCUCAAGGGAAGCUGGUUUCAGAUGGGAGUAGAGGGCGUGGUGGGAGGGUGUAUAAAGAGGCGAGGAGGUUGGAGCACAACACCAAGAUUGUUAAGAUGCUUGUCUCGGUGGUUCUUUCAUACGCUAUUUGCUUAAUGCCAAACCAGGUAGUAUGGUUAUGGAUUGAGCUUGGUUCAGGUAAAAGCUGGGCACAUAUCGACAAGCUGCUAAUUUUUGGAAGCCUCAUGGUUUACAUCAAUAGUUCUGUGAAUCCUUUACUCUAUGCUGGAAUGAAUGAAGAAUUUAGAAAAGAAUUUGGAAGAAUUCUUAGAUGUCAGUGGAAAGAAAGACAACCUGAACUACGAUUAGUAUAG